GUCUACUAAGACUUUUGGUAGCAAGGAACAUGAACCAAAGUUUAAGCAAAAGUGGUCAUGUACUUGGCUCUUGUUUAGGAAAGUCUUUGGAAGGGGCUGUCAGGCACAGCUGGAUUGAGGACUUUAAGUGUUAUUGAAUAGGAGUCUUUCCCCUCCCUCUGCUUUCUCCAUGUAGCAGCAGGUCCUGAGUCCUUUUCAGCAUCACUAUCAGCCUUGUUUGGGGCACACACCUAGUUCUUCCAGUCACUGUCUGUAGAGGUAGAAUACUCUGAUGGAUGGACCUGAGUCAUAUACACUCUGCUCUAAUGGAGGUAGGGCCAACUAUCAGCACAUCAUUUACACCAGGGGUGGCUCCAAGAAGCAGUGUGGCAGGCAAAAACAGCCGUCGUCUUUACUCCAGUGCGCAGGUGCCUGCUACGUGCUCUAGGUCCUGUCCCUUAGACAUGAUGGACUGUUGAAGGGAAGAACUGUGUCCUGUUCAUCUCUCUUUUCCGAGCACAUUGACAAAGUGUAGGUACUUCAAAAAUGACUGAUAAACAGGUGAACAGUGGUUCCAUUCUAUUAAAUUGGAUAUUUUCCCCUUUUUUGUUAAGAGCUGAAAGGUUUAUGGUUUGACUGAAGGAGCUCUCCCUGGUGUUGGGAUAAUGGUGCUGACCUGGUGAAAAUGGCCAUUCUGACAGGCAAGGAGGCUCAAGAGAAAGGACUAGCUACCUGGGGACAAAUCUGGAGAGAAAGCCCAUCUCUAUAGACAGUUUUUGACAUUAUUGUAAGGCAUCUUGCUUCCUAAGAGUGAUUAUUGUUAAAAGAAAAAAGUGAUUAUUGUUAAUAUUUUGUUUUUAGCUCUCUUUCUAUUCAAAAGUGAGGAAUCAGCCCUUAAUCUCAGACAGUUGAUUUCCUGUUUACUCUAUUCAUGCCCCUCAGUCACUUUUAUGGUAUGGACCCCUUGUCCAGGUUUCUAAACAGGACUUUUGAGUGGUGCAGAGGAGGCUAGGAGUAAAUCUUGUAAAAGUUUUUAAGUAUGAGUCAAAGAGAUAACAUUGAUGAACCCUGAAGCCAGCUGUUUAUUUGAAGUUGUUUCCUUUAAAAAAGAAAGAAAAGCUUUUAUUUGACAGAGAGAGAACACAAGGAGGCGGAGGGGAACAGGAGAGGGAGAAAGAAGCAGGCUCCCUGAGGGAGCCCGAUGUGGGCCUUGAUCCUAGGACCCUGGGAUACUGAGCAGAAGGCAGAUGCUUAACUGACUGAGCCACCCAGCUACCCCUUGAAGUUCUUUCUUAACAGCAAGCAAGAGGCUGGGGAGAACAACGUAGAGUCCUUGAGUUCUUUAUCUUGUCACCCAUAAUAAUCCUAACAUUCACAGAGUUUGUUAAUGUUCUUUGAAGGAAUCUUUGGUUUGUUGCAGAAAAGCUUGACAUAACAGUGGCCCCUUCCAGAAGGGGAGCUCCAUGGCUGGAGGAUAGGAGAAGGAGGAGGGAUCCUUCUUUGCUUAUGUUUUUACAUUGUAUGCCUGUUUAUAAAGAAUGUUUAACUUAAACAAGGGUCUUUGUAAAUGCUUUUGAUGAUGCUAACACAUAUGAAUGAAUGUGUUAUUCUAGCUCCAGAUGGACGAAAUCUUAAGUGACCUCCCUAAGCAAAUACAUAGAGGGUACCUCCAUCUGGGGAAGAGGGCAGAUAGAAUUCCCCCAGAUCCAUUAACAGUGCCACUAAUCUUAACUCAGUAUUCUACAUCUUUCAGUGUAAACUUUAAUUUAGGUUCCUCCUAGUUGCUAAUCAUAAAAAAAAAAACCACACACACAUUUUUGUACAACAUGUUCUGGUAAGCAGUGUUCACUAUUUAUAUGCCUAUUUAAUUCAGCCUAAGUAAACUUGAGAUUUACUCCAUGGCUGAAAUACCCACAUUUUAUAAAUUACAAGUUUCUUGUAACUAAGCUCCUUUAUGAGCAUACUCACAUUUUCAGAACUAUAGAUGUAUAAAUUGGGUACCUACCAUGCAGUGAGGUGCUUCAGUUGGAGGUCUUAAAACAACUUGGUUAGCUCUGGGUAGUGAGCACUUGGAAUGCCCGAUGUAUCGUCCAUAGGAGAAUGAGUUUUCCUUUAUCCUCAGCUGCAGUUUAACUCCCUGGGUGUUUUCUGUAUAGACUGGUGACGUCGGUGGUGGCAACAUUUCCAAAUCAUUGUGUAUUUGUUUUUGCUGAGAUGUUGAGCUGCGUAUAAGCAGGAGGCAGGGAAAAGCAGUAACGGCUGUCUUCUGGGCUCAUCUCUCCUCUGAAGUGAAGCAGGACUGACGUGGGAAGUUCCAAAAGAACUGUUGAAUUUGGGCCCACAGAGAGUUUAUGAAAUGAAUAGAGAAACAAGCUGUCUCUUCUCAGGCUGGGGCAUUUGUGGGCAUCUGUUUUGAUGCCUGGUCUCUUUUAACAAUUAGCCUGUAACAUUUUCAGUAUUUCUGAAACAUUGCUGUCAGGUAGUUCUCUCACUGACCUGGUUGGGGGAACAGGUUUAUUAAGCAACUGAUUUAAAACUUUCAGGAAGAUGGUUUAAACAGUUUAGCAAUAUAAUUUCCACAAGGAAUAAUGGAUUUGGCUUUGAAUGCACAUUAAUUAGUAACCAGAGUGACUUCUGAGUCCGCUGUUAAGUAAUAUGCAGAUUGUUGGAUGGCAGAGUGUGUAGAGGACACAUAGUCGUGCUUCUUAGCUGCUGAGGAUGGGAAGGCUGAUCCGUUUUUUUUUAGUGAAAUGCAUUCCUUUUUUGGCCUCAGUUAUACUUCGUACUUCUUGUAGAAUAUUUUGAAACUUCUAAGUUCUGAUGACAUAUCCAAAUUCAGGAUUUGUAGGAGUUGUUUGUUUUGGUAGGCUUCACUUUUCCGUUUUUCAUAGUAAAUAUUGAUUUUUGGAUUAGAAUAAUAAAGGAGGUAACAUGAUGCUAUAUUACGUUUAGAUUAGUUGAUUAUGGUUGUACCUACAAAUGGUAGUGGUAUUAUAGAGUAACAGCCUUUAUUAGAACACCAGAUUUGCGUGUAUUAAACUUUAAUUCCUAUUGCUUUGGCUUUUGGGUUUUUGCCUCUGGUUUUGGUUUUUGGAACUAUUUUAUAUUCUACAAAAUUUAUUUGGAUUAUUACAUUGAUAAAUUCUUACCGUAUUUUAUAGGAUACAUUUAUGGUCACGUGGAAGCCAUACAAAUACUAAUUUUAUUUUAACUUUUGUUUUUUAAGGAACUUGGGGAAGUGGAUCUAAAUUUGUGCUUUAAUGUAUUAGGUCAUUUAAAUAAUUUUUCAGUUCCUUCACACAUACAUAUAAGCUUUUCAUUUUUCAAGAGGAGCCCCUAAAGUCUGUAACACAGUUAUCAUCUGCCCUGAUGCUGAGUGCCUUUGUCCAGGUGUGGUGCUGGCUUGGGGGGACGAGGUACACAAUCAGUAGUGUCUUUAGUUUGGAUAGUAUUUGGAAACACUGAAGGAUAUUUCUUUAAGAUCAUCACAGCAAUGUGCAGGACAGUUCCCAGAAAACAAAAACUUUUCCCUGGCACUCAAAAUUUUGUGAUAAUGAUGCUGAAAUGGUGAACAUUUUUCUGUUUUCAGAGGUUCAACAACACAAGGAGAAAAGCACUCACACUCGAUUUUAAGAUAAUCGAAACUAUGUUCCAACUUCCUGUCAACAAUCUUGGCAGUUUAAGAAAAGCCCGGAAAACUGUGAAAAAAAUACUUAGUGACAUUGGGUUGGAAUACUGUAAAGAACACAUAGAAGAUUUUAAACAGUUUGAACCUAAUGACUUUUAUUUGAAAAACACUACAUGGGAGGAUGUAGGACUAUGGGACCCUUCACUUACAAAAAAUCAGGACUACCGGACGAAACCUUUUUGCUGCAGUGCUUGUCCAUUUUCUUCAAAAUUCUUCUCUGCCUACAAAAGUCAUUUCCGGAAUGUCCAUAGUGAAGACUUUGAAAAUAGGAUUCUCCUUAAUUGCCCCUACUGUACCUUCAAUGCAGACAAAAAGACUUUGGAAACACACAUUAAAAUAUUUCAUGCUCCAAACGCCAGCGCACCAAGUAGCAGCCUCAGCACUUUCAAAGAUAAAAGCAAAAAUGAUGGCCUUAAACCUAAGCAGGCUGACAGUGUAGAACAAGCUGUUUAUUACUGUAAGAAGUGCACUUACCGAGAUCCUCUUUAUGAAAUCGUUAGGAAGCACAUUUACAGGGAACAUUUUCAGCACGUGGCAGCGCCUUACAUAGCAAAGGCAGGUGAGAAGUCACUCAACGGUGCAGUCCCUUUAGGUUCAAAUGCCCGGGAAGAGAGUAGUAUUCACUGCAAGAGAUGCCUUUUCAUGCCAAAGUCCUACGAAGCUUUGGUACAACACGUCAUCGAAGACCAUGAACGCAUAGGCUAUCAGGUCACUGCCAUGAUUGGGCACACAAAUGUGGUGGUUCCCCGAUCCAAACCCUUGAUGCUAAUUGCUCCCAAACCUCAAGAGAAGAAGGGCAUGGGACUCCAGUCAAGAAUUGGUUCCCUUGCUUCUGGAAAUGUCCGGUCUUUGCCAUCACAGCAGAUGGUAAAUCGACUCUCAAUACCAAAGCCUAACUUAAAUUCUACAGGAGUCAACAUGAUGUCCAAUGUUCACCUACAGCAAAAUAACUAUGGAGUCAAAUCUGUAGGCCAGGGCUAUGGCGUUGGUCAGUCAAUGAGACUGGGUCUAGGUGGCAACGCACCAGUUUCCAUCCCUCAACAGUCUCAGUCUGUGAAGCAGUUACUUCCAAGUGGAAAUGGAAGAUCUUACGGGCUGGGGUCAGAGCAGAGGUCCCAGGCACCAGCAAGAUACUCCCUGCAGUCUGCUAAUGCCUCUUCUCUCUCAUCAGGCCAGUUAAAGUCUCCCUCCCUCUCCCAGUCACAGGCAUCCAGAGUAUUAGGUCAGUCCAGUUCCAAACCUACUGCAGCUGCCACGGGCCCUCCCCCAGCCAAUACUUCCUCAACUCAAAAGUGGAAAAUAUGUACAAUCUGUAAUGAGCUUUUUCCUGAAAAUGUGUAUAGUGUGCACUUCGAAAAAGAACAUAAAGCUGAGAAAGUCCCAGCAGUAGCCAACUACAUUAUGAAAAUACACAAUUUUACUAGCAAAUGCCUCUACUGUAAUCGCUAUUUGCCCACAGAUACCCUGCUCAACCAUAUGUUAAUUCAUGGUCUGUCUUGUCCAUAUUGCCGUUCAACUUUCAAUGAUGUGGAAAAGAUGGCGGCACACAUGCGGAUGGUUCACAUUGAUGAAGAGAUGGGACCUAAAACAGAUUCCACUUUGAGUUUUGAUUUGACAUUGCAGCAGGGUAGUCACACUAAUAUCCAUCUCCUGGUAACCACAUACAACCUGAGGGAUGCCCCAGCUGAAUCUGUUGCUUACCAUGCCCAAAAUAACCCUCCAGUCCCUCCAAAGCCACAGCCAAAAGUUCAGGAAAAGGCAGAUAUCCCUGUUAAAAGUUCACCUCAAGCUGCAGUGCCCUAUAAAAAAGAUGUUGGGAAAACCCUUUGCCCUCUUUGCUUUUCAAUCCUAAAAGGACCCAUAUCUGAUGCACUUGCACAUCACCUACGAGAGAGGCACCAAGUUAUUCAGACGGUUCAUCCCGUGGAAAAAAAGCUCACCUACAAAUGCAUCCAUUGCCUUGGUGUGUACACCAGCAACAUGACCGCCUCGACUAUCACUCUGCAUCUCGUUCACUGCAGGGGUGUUGGAAAGACCCAGAAUGGCCAGGAUAAGACAAAUGCACCCUCUCGGCUUAAUCAGUCACCGGGCCUGGCACCUGUCAAGCGCACUUACGAGCAAGUGGAAUUUCCCUUGCUGAAAAAGCGAAAGUUAGACGAUGAUAGCGAUUCGCCCAGCUUCUUUGAAGAGAAGCCCGAGGAGCCUGUUGUUUUAGCUUUAGACCCCAAGGGUCAUGAAGAUGAUUCCUAUGAAGCCAGGAAAAGCUUCCUAACGAAGUAUUUUAACAAACAGCCCUAUCCCACCAGGAGAGAAAUUGAGAAGCUGGCCGCCAGUUUGUGGUUGUGGAAGAGUGACAUUGCUUCCCAUUUUAGUAACAAGAGGAAGAAGUGUGUCCGAGACUGUGAAAAGUACAAGCCCGGUGUGUUACUGGGCUUCAACAUGAAAGAACUGAACAAAGUGAAGCACGAGAUGGAUUUUGAUGCUGAGUGGCUGUUUGAGAAUCAUGACGAGAAGGAUUCCAGAGUCAAUGCUAGUAAAACUGCUGACAAAAAGCUCAGCCUUGGGAAGGAAGAAGACAGCUCCUCAGACAGUUUUGAAAAUUUGGAGGAAGAAUCCAAUGGAAGUGGUAGCCCUUUUGACCCUGUGUUUGAAGUUGAGCCUAAAAUCUCCAACGAUAACCCCGAGGAACACAUACCGAAGGUCAUUUCUGAGGAUGCUUUAGAAUCUGAGGAGAAGCUAGACCAAAAAGAGGAGGCUGGUUCAAAAUAUGAAACUAUUCAUUUGACUGGGGAACCAACCAAACUGAUGCAUGAUGCUUCUGACAGUGAGGUUGACCAGGAUGACGUUGUUGAGUGGAAAGAUGGUGCUUCUCCAUCUGAGAGUGGCCCUGGUUCCCAACAAGUGUCAGACUUUGAGGACAACACAUGUGAAAUGAAAGCAGGAACCUGGUCUGAUGAGUCUUCCCAGAGUGAAGACGCAAGAAGCAGUAAGCCAGCUGCCAAAAAAAAGGCUACCAUGCAAGGUGACAGAGAGCAGUUGAAAUGGAAGAAUAGUUCCUAUGGAAAAGUUGAAGGAUUUUGGUCCAAGGACCAGUCACAGUGGAAGAACGCAUCUGAAAAUGAUGAGCGCUUAUCUAACCCACAGAUUGAGUGGCAGAAUAGCACAAUUGACAGUGAGGAUGGGGAGCAAUUUGACAACAUGACUGAUGGGGUUGCUGAGCCGAUGCACGGCAGCCUGACUGGAGUGAAACUGAGCAGCCAGCAGGCCUAA